AUGAAUAACUCCAGUUCUCGAGUUGCCUCCACCCGCCACGAGCCAGUCGGGUCAUCGCAUGAUUACCUGUGCCCCAAAGCUUACUCACCAUCAGACCUUCGAGCGUAUUCCUCGUCAAUCCGCUACGUUUUCAAGCUCGCGCAUCCGGCGAAGCUGUGUUACACAAUGUUGCCAGACAAUGAAGUCCGAUUCAUCGACAUAGGAGUGAAUCUGACAGACCCCCUAUUCCGCGGCAGCUAUCGAGGACGCCAAAAACACAGAGAUGACCUAAUGGAUGUGCUUGAGCGAUCGAGGAAAGCUGGGGUGAAAUCUAUGAUCGUCACUGGUGGGAGCCUGGAAGAAUCGAAGGAGGCUCUCGCACUUGCACGAGAACAUAACCUUUACGCCACAGUGGGAUGCCACCCCACUCGCUCAAACGAGUUCGAUGCAUAUGCGGAUGGACCAUCCGCAUAUCUCGAAGCUUUGGAUGAGCUCAUCAGAGAUAAUCUCACUGGGCCCGGGCGGGUUGUGGCGGUGGGAGAAUGCGGUCUCGACUACGACAGGCUGCACUUUUCUUCAGCCGAUGUUCAACGGAAAUAUUUUCGAUGUCAACUUUCCCUGGCCAAAAAGCAUCAUCUCCCCUUAUUUCUGCAUUCCCGUUCUGCACAUGAGGACUUCAUCCGUAUCUUGGGAGAGGAAGGUUUUGGAAGCGAAGGUGGAGCUACUAUCGGUGCCGCAGGUGGUGUGGUCCAUAGUUUCACUGGCUCUACCCAGGAGUGUAUAGACUACAUGAACAUGGGAUUCUGCGUAGGUAUCAAUGGUUGUGGCCUGAAAACGAUGGAAAAUCUCGAGGCCGUGAGCCGCCUACAACUCGAAAAACUCAUGCUCGAGACAGAUGCACCCUGGUGUUCGAUGACCUCGACACAUGCGUCCAAACUCUAUCUCAGUAACCUGCCUUCCAAUCUCAAAGCUGAUUAUCUGCCCGAAAGCAAACCACCCGAGAAAUUUGUGGAUGGUCUUGCGGUGAAAGGGAGGAAUGAACCUUGUACUAUCGGCAGUGUCGCCUGGGUGGUCAGCCAAGUUAUUCCGCAUGUGUCGCUCGAGCAACUUAGCCAUGCAGCAUGGGAGAACACUGUCCGCGUCUUUGGACUUCGUGAACUCAUGGCAUAG